GGUGUGAUGAGGACAAUUUCCUUUGUUUCCCAAUGCAUUUAAAAGAAAAGACAGCUUCUUGCUUGAUUAAACACCCAGUGCCAUUUUGGAGAUAUCGGUAAUCUCAAUAUCCAUAAUCUCUUUCACUCAGUUACAGGUAAGGCCUUUUCAUUAUUUAAUCUAAAAGACACAUUUAAAGCAUGACACAAUAAUCACAAUUCCACAAAAUCUCAUUCAAAUACAUUGAAUCACAAUACUAAAAAGACUUGAAUCGUAGAGAAAGUAGAAAUUGUAUUGCCGUGGAAAUGUGUUACCUCUAAAUUUAAAAUUGAGUUUUGGAAAAAUGGUACUGAUAAACAAUACAAUUACAUUUUUGCUACAAUUGAAUGUCAGUAGUUAAGGUGUUCAUAGGUAAUUGCUACUUAGAGUCAAAUGCUAAACAUUCCAGGAUUUUUACCUAUUUGUACAAACACUGAACAAAAAUAUAAACGCAACAAGUAAAGUGAUGGUCCAAUGUUUGAUGAGCUGAAAUAAAAGAUCCCAGAAAUGUUCCAUAUGUACAAAUAGCUUAUUUCUCUCAAAUGUUGUGCCAAAAUUUUAUUUUCAUCAUUGUUAGUGAGCAUUGAUAAUCCAUUCACCUGACAGAUGUGGCAUAUCAAGAAGCUGAUUAACAGCAUAACCAUUACACAGGUUCACCUUGUGCUGGGGACAAUAAAAGGCUACUCUAAAAUGUGCAGUUUUGUCACACAACACAAUGCCACAGAUGUUUCAAGUUUGAGGGAGCGUGAAAAUGGCAUGCUGACUGCAGGCAUGUCCUCCAACACCGUUUUAGAUCAUUUGGGAGUACAUCCAACCGGCCUCACACCACACACCACGUGUAUGGCAUCUUGUGGGUGAGCAGUUUGCUGAUGUCACCGUUGUGACCAGAGUGCCCCAAGGUGGCGGGGGGUUAUGGUAUGGGCAGGCAUAAGCUACGGACAACGAACACAAUUGCAUUUUAUCAAUGUCAAUUUGAAUGCACAGAGAUACCGUGACGAGAUCCUGAGGCCUAUCGUCGUGCCAUUCAUCCGCCGCCAUCACCUCAUGUAUCAGCAUGAUAAUGUACACUAUUCCUGCUAGAUGAAAAUGUCCCAGUGCUUCCAUGGCCUGCAUACUCACCAGACAUGUCACCCAUUGAGCAUGUUUGGGAUGCUCUGGAUCGACGUGUACAACAGUGUGUUUCAGUUCCCCGCAAUAUCCAGCAACUUCGCUCAGCCAUUGAAGAGGAGUGGGACAACAAUCCACAGGCCACAAUCAAUAGCCUGAUCAACUUUAUGCGAAAAAGAUGUGUCACGCUGCAUGCGGCAAGUGGUGGUCACAUCAGAUACUGACUGGUAUUUUCUGAUCCAUGCUCCUACCUUUUUUUAAAGAAUCUGUGAUCAAAAUAUGCAUAUCUGUAUUCCCAGUCAUGUGAAAUCCGUAAAUUUGGGCCUCAUUUAUUUAUUUAAAUUGACUGAUUUCCUUAUAUGAACUGUAACUCAGUAAAAUCUUUGAAAUUGUUGCAUGUUGCGUUUAUAUUUUUGUUCAGUACAGAUUAUUCAUAAUUCUGAUCUACUUUUUCUAUCUCUAUGUUUAUUUGAGGUGUAUUCUUACUAUGGAAGGCAUCUCAACAACAUCACAGAUGUUUCUGGGGUUUAUUGCUUUCAUCACUUUUCUGUUGAAAGGUGCACUCUGCCAACAGUGGAGUCUGUGGACGCCCCAGAGCAUUGUGGCUGUUGGUGGAUCCUGCCUACUGGUCCCAUGUACAUUUGAGAUCCUUGCUACAUUUGAUGCUGACUUGAAAAACUGCACACCCACUGGGCUUUGGUCUAAAAACAAAUGGGGUGGAAAUAUAGUAUUGAGCACAGCCAAAACAGAUGACCAAAACAUCAUAAAGGGAGUGAUGGUGGGAAAUCUGUUGAGCAAGAACUGCACCACCCUUUUCAACAGUUUCCCUGCAGGAUAUGAUGACACAUAUCUCUUCAGGCUGGAAUGUGCUGGAACAAAUCGCCUCAAGUAUAUUUUCUACCCAGGAGUACAUAUCAGUCAUACAGACACCCCACCCAAACCCCAACUAACCCCUAUUGGCAACAUCACAGAGGGGGAGCUGGUUAUACUGAGCUGCUCUGCCUCUGCCCCCUGCCCUACGUUCCCGCCCUCUCUGACCUGGACCUCUGGGCUGGGUGGAAGUGUUGAGAGCCAGCUACAGGAGGGUAUAGAUGGGCUCAUGACCAUGACCUCCACCCUUACCUUUACCGCCUCCCUCCUCCAUCACGGGCUGAUGGUCAAAUGUUCUGCCCGCUACACGCUGCAGCCAGGGGGCACCACCAAGACGACUCAGGGGAACCUGACCCUCAAUGUUCUGUAUGCACCUAAAAACACUGUAGCCCUGUCCAGCCCAUCUGGGCCUGUGCCCGACGGGAGGGCAGUGACCCUGACCUGUCAGAGUGAUGCCAACCCACCAGUGGAGCGCUACUCCUGGUACAAAGACAUCAGUGGGCAGGUGACGUGGAAGGCUAAUGGGCAGACACUAGUCCUCCUGGUCAGCAAGGCAGACAGCGGGCUGUACUUCUGUGAGGCCCACAAUGAGAAGGGAUCACAAAGGUCAAAGGUCAUGCCUCUGGAGUUCGAAAGUGGCCAAUGUUCUGUGAUGGUCCCCUACAUCAUCUGUGGAGUGAUGGCGCUGCUCUAUGUUCUAACCGUCACCGUGGAUGUGUAUAAAUAUAAAAGUCUGUCCAGAAGACUGAAACAGCAGCUAGAGCUGUCGGAGAAAGGAGACAACACGUACACUAACCUGACGGUCGCCAGCAUCAGCUCUGACUAUGACCAACUCCAGAUGACCAGGGCUGCCCGAGGUGAAGCUCACCCUGGCAGAAGAAGUGAAAGAGCUGCUCCUUGAAACCACAUGGCAAAACAGAUCCAGAUUUGACCUUUGCAUUUGAACUUUGUUGUAUGGAAAAUGUUCAUCUUGUUAUUUUUCUUCAGAUCAUACUGUAUAUUUCUGUCACAAAAUAUAUGAUAUUAUAUAUUUUAACCUGAUGCCUCAAUUUUAUGUACCUGUCAGCAACAGAUGUGGCUGAAAAAGCCGAAUCCACUAAUUUGAAGGAUUGUCCACAUACUUCUGACCAUGUAGUGCAGUACUAAAUUGUAGUUGAAUGUUUUUGGUUUGUGGUUCAGCAUCAUCAGUGUAUUUCUGUCUUCUUCUCUGUAGAUGAUGUUAAACCAUGCAGGGGGUUGUGGUUUGUGUCAGUCAGGAUUAUAAUGGGCAUAAUCAGUCGAAUAAAUCUCUUA